GAAAUGGGGGAGGAGUCAGCGCCGACAAUUGUCCCUGCGACCAAGCUUGUGGAAAAUGGAAACGAAGCCUGUCGACGGGCCCUUUUGGAAGAGGCACUUCUUGGCAGCAGUGGUGACAGCGAAGAGGACGACGGCGAGGGGGAACCAAAGAAGCAGAAGGCGGUGCCAAAGGAAAAAGAGGACGUCGUUCCUGACUGCGAGGAAGAGGAGGCUGCUCCUGAGAAAGAGGAGGACAGGCAGGAGGCCGUUCCCGACAGCGAUGAAGAGGACAGCGACGAAAUCGGGGUCGCCACGAAGAAGGGAAAGAAGCUCCUCAAGUAUGAGAAGCUUCUGCAGAAGCCAGUUCCCGGCGGCAAGGACGACGGCUCGGAGGAGGAGGAGCCGCUAGAGAGCCGAAAAAGGAAAUCCAAAAGCAAGCGGGUAGUGGUGUCGAGCCAAGACGAACACGAGUACGCCGACUCCAAGAAACCCGAGCUCAGCAGCAGCCUCGGCUCGAGCAGCUCGAGCGAAUCGGAUAACUUGGACAUCGAGCCGGCUCGCAAGAAAAAAAAGAAGCAGGCGUCUUCUUCGAUAGGAUCGAGCGGACAGUCUGACGACUCAGACUUCAACUCGUCCAAGAAGGGCAAGCGCGGCCCCAGGGACGGGUCUGCGUCGCCCGGCAAGGCGAUCAAGAAGAAGCGCCGUCGCAUCAAGAUGGCCGCCUCCACGGACGACGACAAGGAGAACAGCGACGACAGCAAUUCGAGCCAGGAGACGGGCAACAAGAGCCGCAAGAACCUCCGAAAGCUCCGGCCAGUCGGCGACGAGACGAGGGCGGCAGCCAAGGCGGAGGAGGAACGCAAGAAAAGGGUUCAAGAGCGCCAGAAGCUGCAGUACAACAAGAUCCGAGGGGGCGCUUCAGAGUGUGGCAACACGACCCUGGAGGAACUGGUGCUAGAGAUGGACCUCAAGGCCAACGAGCCGCUGGUGACGGUGAAUCGGAAGUUGGUCAAAUGCAUGAAGCCGCACCAGGUCGACGGUGUCAAGUUCCUGUACGAGUGCACCAUCGAAUCCCUCGAGAUGCUGAAGAAGGACCCCAACAAUGGUUCUGGCUGCAUCCUUGCCCACUGCAUGGGGCUGGGAAAGACCUUCCAGGUGAUCUCGUUCCUGCACACGGUAUUGAACCACAAGGAUUGCGGCAAGAUCCUACGGACUGCCCUCGUCGUGUGCCCUUACAACACUGUCCUCAACUGGUCGCAGGAGUUUGAGCGCUGGCUCAAAGACAAGGGACUCGACCUCACCAAGUCAUGUCUAAUCGAAUUGGUUCCGAGGUUGCAUCAUGGGAUUCCAUCAGGCCUACCGGAGCGGUGCCGUCCAGAGGAUCAUCAGGAGGAAACGGUGCACGAGGUGUCGUCUAUCAAGGACAACCACUCGCGGGUGAAGACCCUGGAGUACUGGCAGAAGAAGGGCGGAGUCAUGAUCAUUGGCUACGACAUGUUCCGUCGGCUGACCAACGAAAAGGCCAUGGGGGUGAGCAAGAAGAUCAAGGAGCGACUGAGGAAGGCGCUGCUCGAUCCAGGGCCGGACAUCGUGGUGUGCGACGAAGGGCACAUUCUGAAGAGCGACAAGACGAGCCUGUCGAUCGCCAUGAACUCGCUCAGGACAUGCCGGCGGAUAGUCCUCAGCGGAACUCCCCUCCAGAACAACCUGCAAGAGUACCACUGCAUGGUGCAGUUUGUGAAGCCCAACCUGCUGGGAACCAAGAAGGAGUUCUCCAACCGCUUUGUGAACCCGAUCGCCAACGGCCAGUGUGCCGACUCGACGGCCCUGGACGUGAGGCUGAUGAAGAAGCGGGUGCACGUCUUGCAUCGCCUGCUGAAUGGUUGCGUCCAGCGCUGCGACUACAACGCCCUGAAGCCCUUCCUGCCACCCAAGUGCGAGUACGUGAUCAGCGUGCGGCUGUCGGAGGUGCAAGUGCAGCUGUACCGCCACUUCCUGGACCACCUGGCCAGAGGGGGCCGCAACAGCAAGCCCAACCAGGGCAUGUCCCUGUUCUGGGACUUCAACGUGCUGCGCAACAUCUGGACCCACCCCGCGCUGCUCGUCAUGAGCGCCGAGCGCGCCAGGGCCAAGGAGCUCCUCAAGGAUGAAUCGAGCGAUUGGAUGUCCUCUUUCAUCGACGACGGAUCGGAGAGUUCGUGCAUUGAUGACGGUGCGGAGAGUUCGAGCAUUGACGACGGUUCGGAGAGUUCGAGCAGCCAAAGCGACAGCAACGAAGAAGCCGUUUACCUCGACCAAGACAAGCCCUCCACCGGCAAAGGGCAUGUAGCUUUUUGCCGCUUUGACCGACGCGAUAAACUGCGCGAUGACUAUAAACUACGAUUGUCGAUUGUCUACGAUGUCCCUCAUUUUCGUAAUUUAGACAACGGCGUGGUCGAGUAUGUGACAUUGUACAAAUGA